AUGACGAGUUAUCUUGAAGGCCCGGCCAACUUUGUCGCCUACCUCCAGCGGGACGUCUCCCGCAUCGGCCAUCUGGACCUGGCCAGGCAGACCAUCCAACCUCUCAGCUUCGACUCUGGAACUCCCGUGGAGAACCUCUACCAGGUCAUUGAGGCAUCCGCUGCGCAAUAUGUUGCCGCCGGGUCAGUCGUGUCGGUGAGCGAUGUCAAACUCCUGCCCCCGAUAUCGGGCCGGGAUGUCCUCGCCGUUGGCAAGAAUUACAUGGAACAUGCCAAAGAGUUCAACAGCUCAGGCUACGACAGCUCCGACAAAGUCGACCUGCCCAGCCACCCUGUAAUUUUCACCAAGCGUGCGACCUCCAUCAUUGCCCACGGCGACGAGAUUCAUCUGCAUCAAGGCUUCACCGAGAGCGCCGACUAUGAGGGAGAGAUUGGCGUUAUCAUCGGGAAAGCCGGCUACCGCAUCAGCGAAGAAGAUGCCUGGGACUACGUCUGGGGUUACACCAUUAUCAACGACUUGACAGCCAGAGAAAGGCAGCGCGACCACAAGCAGUUCUACAUUGGCAAAUCCCCAGAUACCUUCUGCCCAAUGGGUCCAAUUGCUGUCGCGAAGGAGAAUUUACCGGAACAGGGGAGGUCUCUGCGUCUUCAGACACAUGUGAAUGGACAGCUGCGCCAAGAUGCUACGCUGAACGAUCUAAUCUUUUCUAUCCCUCGGCUCAUCGCCACGCUUUCUGCGGGCCAGACAUUGCAGCCUGGCGAUGUGCUCGCUACCGGAACGCCCGCUGGUGUUGGGCUUGGUCUCAGCCCGCCGACCUAUCUCAAAUCUGGCGAUGAAAUUGCGAUUUCCGUCACGGGGCUGGGAACCUUGAAGAACACUGUUGCUGAGUCCUCGAAGGAGAACCUGACGACGGUACGAAUUCGGAACGAAGCCCGAAGCACGGCAUUUAGACUGAACAACGGGGAGAAGUCAUCUCAAGGCCGAGUGGGCUUGACCCCAAAACUGGAUGGUUUGAGCGGGAUCAGCUAUCAGCGCCUUGGGUCAGGAGACGAGAAGUUUGUCUUCGUCCACGGCCUGGGUGGAACCAAAGACUAUUGGACUCCUUUGAUAUCAAGGUUGUCUCUCACGAACAGGGCUUCUGUGCACCUUUACGAUUUCGAAGGGCACGGGCUGACGCCGACAUUUCCUACUCAGAAAUUGACCAUCAGCCACUUGGCUACUGAGCUCAAAAGCGUCUUCGACCGGGCUGAUGCCUCACCGCAGUCUCCUGCGACUCUGGUAGCACAUUCUUUAGGGUGUCUCAUCGCCAUUAAUUUCGCCUCGGAGUACCCGGACCUCGUCAAGAAGUUGGUACUCUUCGGACCACCACCAUCCCCGCUCCCAAAUCUCACGCCGGAUGUUUGGUUUAGUAUCGCUGAGCAGGCAAGGAGACACGGCAUGAGCGGGAUCGUGGAUGCAACUGUUUCAACUCAAGUAUCGGACUACACAAAGAUCAACAACCCUUUGGCCGUGGCAGCAGUCCGCCUCAGUCUGCUCGGGCAAGACCCAGAGGCGUAUGCAAAGGCAUGCUCGGCCCUUGCUUUGGGAGACUCUGCCGACUUUAGCCAACUGAACAUCGAGACACUCUUAGUCACCGGACAACAUGAUCCGGUGUCGUCACCUUCGGCCAUUGAGGACUACGCGAAGAGAAACCCUCGCUCGCGAUUAGUUGUCCUUCCCAAUGUAGGCCAUUGGCAUGUCUUCGAAGACGUAGUUGGUGUCGGCCAGAGUCUUCAAAACUUUUUGUUUCGCGUGACUGGCACGCCCUGCGAAUGGGCCGAGUCUUACCGACCUGGCGGAUUCCAUCCUGUCCACUUCGGCGACGUUUUCAAAGGUCGAUACGAAGUGAUACGAAAGCUCGGCAACGGAUACUUUGGCACGGUCUGGCUUGCAUUAGAUUCCACGACCUCCGCAUAUGUUGCACUGAAAAUCGAGGUCGCCGGGCGGCAAGAGCCCAGAGAGUUGCCAAUUCAGCGAUUUCUGGCCAAGAUAACGGUUGACGAUCCAUUCUCACGCUCACGGCAUGUCGUCAAACUCAUGGACUCAUUCCACCAUGACGGUCCCAAAGGCAGACACCUGUGUCUCGUUCUUGAACCAAUGGGACCAAGCGUUUCAACGAUACUCAACGCUCCUCACGAGACGUAUGACCCAUUGAACCCCCCUGUCCGACGUUUCGAGACAGACAAAACCAAACGAAUUCUUUGCAACGUACUUGCAGGGCUUCAGUUUCUCCACAGCAAUGGAGUGGUACAUGGAGACCUUCAAUCUGGCAACAUCCUCUUCGCUCUGCAAGACCUUUCGACCGUUGGACCUGAGAAGCUUAAGCAAGACGAAAGCACCUCCAGGAUCGAUUAUCUGCAUCGUAUUGACGGCAAACCCGACAAGUGGGCACCCAAGUAUCUGGCAGCAUCCCAACCUCUAUCAGAGUACACUGUGAAAGAGCCUGAUGAUGAUACAAAACUCGCUGAUUUGGGUGGAGCGUUCUUUACCAACGAGCCUCCCGAGAAAGUUGUUACCCCGAUGUCGCUCCGUGCGCCCGAGUUGCUUCUUGGCGAACCUUUCGGCAUCGGCGUUGACAUCUGGAGCUUCGGCUGUCUUCUGUUCGAGUUUGUCACUGGCACAUCCCUUUUCCAGCUACCCCCAUUCGGGCUGAGCGAUGAGGCUCUGAAGGACGAGCACCUGAUUCAGUUAACCGAUAUCAUUCAACCUCUGCCUGAGAACCUGAUCGAAAAAUGGCCUGCUUCGUCAAAGUAUUACGGACCCAGGGGGGAGCGUUUGAAUACGAGGCCCAGGGAUUUUGAUGAAGAUGAUUUCGACGAAAGAUAUGACAGCCACGAGGAUACAGAGGGGGACGUCGUUGACUCCAAAGACAAUGAAGACUUUGGCUUCGACAUUGGAGAGCGGAUGCCACCGCAAACGCUGGAUUCCCUCGAAAAGCUAAUCAGCGACAACAAGGCAGCCGAUGUUGACGAAGCCGAGGAAAAGAAGAUUACGUCAUUGCUGCGGUCUAUCUUUCAGUAUGAUCCCGCAAGACGACCUUCCGCCGCAGAUCUGCUGGAGCAUGCAUGGCUCAAAGGUUGA